UGUGUGUGUGUCUCAGAUAGGCUACUGAGGCGGCAUUAGCUUGAGCAAGGCAUUUCUUCUUACCCCGACAAACCUUCAGGGGGCUUUUAGCAUUUGUUCAGUCUGCAGUCUCUGGAAAACAUCUGAUUCAUUUUUUUAACCAGUCCCAGAUGCGGCAGCGUGAGAGUGUGUGCAUGAGCGCGUCAGUGUGAGUUUGUCAGUGCAUGAGAAUUUGGGGAGAAUAUCUGCUGUCUAAAGAAGGGGAGGGAAAGAAGAAGCGUGUGGAUUUUUUUUUGUAAUAUUACUUUUUAGGUAUGAACGCAGCGUGCGUCUCAUACUGCGAUAUGACAUCGAUGGAUUCAUAUUAUAGCACGUCUACUGCGCAAGGUAGGGACCAGGCGAACCCGUUCAGGACUUUCCCGACUACUGAAACCAAAUACAGCCCCACGUUCAUUCCGGGUAAAGGACAGGCUUACGGAGAGAAGUCCCGGAGUCCUUUCCAGCCGGAGUGCCAGUCAUUGGAUGGCGCUGAGGAGGGCACCUUCAACAAAUACCAGCUGUUCAUGCAGCGACCGACCUGCAAAACUCCGCCCGAAGGUAGCAAGCUGCACCCGGACAGCGGACACAACGGGACGCUCAUUCCCUGCUAUGGAAAAGACAACAGCGGCCUGACAGAUUCUGAGCUGACCCAGAGUGUCGACUCUUCCGGGAUGGAAGGCAGCUAUCUGAACCUAAAGGUGCCCGGCGAGAAGGGGCUGAGCGAGCGGCCGGGCUCUGACCUCUCCAGCCCUCUGGACAAAAGUGAGGCCGAGAGCAACAAAGGCAAGAAGAGACGCAAUCGCACCACCUUCACCAGCUACCAGCUGGAGGAGCUGGAGAAGGUUUUCCAGAAGACACACUACCCAGAUGUUUAUGCCCGCGAGCAGCUGGCACUGAGGACAGACCUGACAGAGGCUCGUGUACAGGUGUGGUUCCAGAAUCGCAGAGCCAAGUGGAGGAAGAGGGAGCGUUAUGGCCAGAUGCAACAGGUCCGGACACACUUCUCAACUGCUUACGAGCUGCCUCUACUGACUCGGCCCGAGAACUAUGCACAGAUCCAGAACCCUUCAUGGAUUGGGAGCAGCAGUGGAGCAUCUCCAGUGCCGGGUUGCGUUGUGCCUUGUGACUCCGUCCCCUCCUGCAUGCCGCCUCACCCUCACGGUCCCGGAGGAGUCUCUGACUUCCUGGGUGUGCCCAGUCCAGGGAGCAGCCACAUGGGACAGACACAUAUGGGCAGCCUUUUUGGGGGUCCUGGGAUGGGCGGGGGAAUCAAUGGCUAUGAUCUCAAUCUUGAUCCAGACCGCAAAUCUUCCAGCAUAGCUGCGCUGCGUAUGAAGGCCAAGGAACACAGUGCAGCCAUCUCUUGGGCUACAUGAUGUCUCAGCCCAGUUCCACCCUGCCCCCUAUGGCCCUCUUCUCUGGAGCAGCCAUCAGCGAGCGCUGUGUGUGUGUGUGUGGGCGGGGAGUUUUCCUGAGAGCCCUAAUGAUAACACAGGACAAAUGAACAGGGAGAUACUGUAGAGAUUACAGAGGCCAUUACAGCGGCCAACGCAACCAAGAUAACAACUGUGGCUGUGACAAUCAGCAGAUGCUGACAGUGAGAAAAAAUACAGAGGUGUGACUCAGAAGAAGAUGUUACCGAGACGUGUUCAUUCUUGAUUCCUUGAUCUCUCAGGUCUCAUUGAAAUAUCGGGGUUUAGUCUAUAAUUCAUGAUAGUAAUAGGUUUCAGAAAAAUAAGAAAAAAAAUAUGGUUUACAAAAUAGUUUCAUAGAAUACAAGAAUUCAGUGCCAAAGCCAACCAUAUCAUAUAGUAUUUUAAUUUACAGAAGUAAGCUUGAUUUUUGUUUUAAUUCCUUUAGCUUAUUUUUUUAUACCACCCAUCCUGCCCCACUCAUUUUGUUUGUGUCAGUUUAGACUUGUCUCUCAUAUACAAGAGUUCAAUUGCAUAUCUGGACAUUCAGUAUUUGCAUUUUAAAAGCCAUUUUAAAAACAAGGCCAAGCUUGGAUGAAUACCAAGUGCUGAGAGUUUCUUUUCUGUCACUUGCCAUUGCAAACUCUCCUUUAAAGCAAAAAAUAAUUGGUUAUAAAAGAAAAACAUUAAAUUUGUCGAAGCCUGCGGUGGAUAGUUUAUGUCCCUGCUAAGAAGGACAGAGGUUGAAUGCAAUAAGUGAACAGUCUAAUUGAGCAGACAUGGCCUGUGCCAAUUAUUCUGGGAGGAGGGCAGGCAUUGGAUUGGCAGCAAUUUCAAACCAACGUGUCAUUUCCUCUCUCAGGGGUGCCUCCACAGGUUCCCCUGCUAGGCUCAGGCCUCAGGUUACAGGAAACACUGUCUCCACUGGCAGACAAGGCGAAGAAAUGCACAGCAGCAGCCUUCAACACCAACUACCCACGCCAACUUCAAUCAGCAACCAACAGGAAUAGACACACUUAAUUAGCAUCAAAGUGAGCCGUCCGGCCCUGCGAACACCGCAGUACAUCACAGUGUACACGGUGAGGACAUUACUGCACACACAGUUCCACAAGUUGUUAUAAUCAAUUCAUCGUUAGACGUGGGCUCAGCAGCGAUGACUCUUGGAUUUGUAGCUCGCUCACAGAAUCUGUCACAUGCCAGAGACUGCAGGCCAAAUCAGUGGCUCCAAUCGUCCCGAAGAGCACUCCAUCACGUUUAGGUAAUGUGAUGACUUUAGAGCUGGACUGCAGGAAUGUGGUGAAUAUGUCCCGUGAUUGCAGGGGUGUCUCUGUGUGUUAUCCCGCCGGAAUAAGCUUGUCACCAGAGCUGGGCUGCAGGCUGAGGCUAGAGACAGGCUUCAUUAGUCUUUUGGCUGAUCUCUCUACGACGCCCGCUGAGCUACAUACCAUAUCUGCUUUCUUUCCCCGGUAAGGAUAAUGGCAAGAGAGUCCAUUUCUGCUCCUCACAGCUGGUUGAUCAUUGUAAGAUAUGAGUGCCCAAUCCAGCCCUCCGACUUGAGAGAAGGACUGCAAUUAACGACUUUAAAGAUUAACGAUUUUCAGUAUUGAUUAGAUCGAUUGGUCGAUCAAUUGCUUGGUCUGUAAAAUGCCAGAAAAUUGUGGAAAAAUUCUCAAAAUCAAUUAAAGACCCAAAUAUGACGUCGUCAUGUCUUGUUUUGUUGCCCCAAACCCCCAAAAUAUUCAGUUUACUAUCCAUAUGAUAAAGAAAAGCAGCAAAGUGUAAGUCUGGAACCAGAGAAUAUUUGCCAUUUUUGCUUGAAAAUGUGUUUAAAAUUAUUAUGAAUAUAGUUGUUGAUUUAAUUUUCUGUCUCCAUUCAAUAAAGGAAAACAUAUUUUGAAUUCACUAUAGACUUUGUUGGAUGUGAGGACUAAAUGUCAGAAAAUUAUCUUAAAAAUUUCAAGAUAAAAACAGGAUGUGGUCACAAAAUAUAUUGCAUGACUACAUGUGACUGAAUUCCUACUUUGUCGAGUUGAGUUUGUCUUCUCGCUGGUCCUCCCUCAGUUAACUCCUUUGCAGCUCCGUCCAUGUUGAUACUACUGAAAUAAAGCAAUUGAAAUCCAUAGUUAUAAUGUUGUAUUGUGUGAAUGUGCUUGUACAUUUGUUUUGCUUAUUUGUCAAAUAAUGGACCUCCAGAGAUAAACCAUUGAAGUAUUGCAGUAAUAUUGCCAAAAAUUGUAAAAUUAUGUUUUGUGUGUUAUUUUGGACUUUUAAGUUGACAUUUCUUUCUAAUUGUCUUAUGGCUUUAAGCAGCUUUUUGUAUAUUAAUCAAGUAUUUCUACUUUUGAUUCUGACUUUAUAUAAUGUACUAUUGCAAUAAGUUAUUGCACUUACAGUGUUGGAGAAGCUUUUUUUAUUUUUGACUUCCACUGGGACAGUGGUCUCUUUGCUAAAGCCAGAGGUGUGUGGUUUUGUGUCCCAACAGUUGAGAACUGUCUCCUAAGUCUGUCUAUAUUUAGCAGCAUGAACAGCAUCACAUCUGUUAAGGCUUUUUUUGCUUGACAUUCAUUUGUACAGAAGUAACUUGCUGUUUCUGAUGAUGGUUUUGAAGUGAUGUUGAAAUAAAUUAAUCUCCAA